AAUUUAAUAAUACAUAAAUUAGGUUAGAAGUUGAUACURUUUUUUAUUAGUAAAAAAAAAUAUCUAAAGUGUACCAUUCUAAAUUGUUAGGCACUUAAUAAAUACCAUUGUAUCAUUAAUUAWCAAAUUAUGACUCAAAAAACUGUAGUUGUCACUGGUUUUGGACUUUUUCGAGACUAUAUAGUGAAUGCAAGUUGGGAGGUUGCUCGUUUAUUACCGGAAACUGGUAUCGCUGAAGAAUUAAACAUAAAUUUGGUUACAAUCAAUAUYCCCGUAUCUUACAAAGACGUUGAUCAGAUUGUGCCGACACUCUGGGUCCAACAUGAACCUGCUCUAAUGGUUCAUUUAGGUGUAUCACACUUGGCUAAAACRUUGACUGUUGAGUUGGUCGCUAAUGGGCAUGGUUAUUGUAGUAUGGAUAUUCAUGGGAACGGUCCUGAUGAUAAGUGUUUAGUUAAUAAUGUAAUUGAAACUGGCUUGAAAAUAGAAUGCACUGAUGAAUUAGAUAUAUGCACUUCUCGAGAUGCAGGAAGAUAUUUAUGCGAGUACAUUUAUUUUAAGUCACUAUGUAUUAAUAAAAAUCAAACUAUAUUUAUUCAUGUGCCACARUUGGACCAAGACAAUACAGCUGAGAAACUAGCUGAAAAACUUAAAUGUGUUAUUAGAAAAUUACUGGAACAAGUUACGACAUGAUAUGAUAAAAUAUACCUUCUUUUAAGAAAUAUUACAUUUAUAAGGUAUUUAUUUAUGUUAUAUAAUGUGUAUAAUUUGUUAUAUUAUUUUGAAUUUUUAUUUUUAUGACUAUAAAAAAAAAAAUCAUACAAUUAGUGGCUGUGUGGGGAGAUGAUAUGAAUUAUGAAUUAUAUU